GCCAGGCAGCGUUUCCUGUUGCUUCAACUCGCCAUUUUGACUCAGUCGUGCAGCUUAAUCAGCGACGUUAAACACAAAACAACCUGAGAAGCUCCUGAGGGAAAACAACUGAGACAACCAUGAGUGGCUGUCGUGUCUUCAUCGGGCGCCUGAGCCCACACGCCAGAGAGAGGGAUGUGGAGAAGUUUUUCAAGGGGUACGGACGCAUCCGGGAAAUCAAUUUGAAGAACGGAUUCGGCUUCGUGGAGUUUGAUGACCACAGAGAUGCAGAUGAUGCUGUGUACGAGUUAAACGGCAAAGAGCUGUGCAGUGAAAGGGUCACUAUCGAGCAUGCUCGCUCCAGAAGAGGAAGAGGUGGCGGCGGCGGCGGAGGUGGUGGAGGAGGUGGCGGCGGCGGUGGCCCCGGAAUGGGACGUUUCAGCAGCAGCUAUCGUCAGUCCCGCAGCAGUGGAUCAAGCUUUGAACCCCAAACUGAAACCAGCUGUGCUGCAAGAAUGACUGUGUACGGCCCUCCCGUGCGGACGGACCACAGACUCAUUGUGGAGAACCUCUCUUCACGGAUUAGCUGGCAGGACCUGAAAGACCUGAUGAGAAAAGCAGGUGAAGUUACCUUUGUGGAUGCUCACAGACCCAACAAAAAUGAAGGGGUGGUUGAGUUUGCAUCUCGCAGUGACAUGAAGAACGCCAUCUCCAAGCUUGACGGGACAGAGUUGAACGGACGCAAACUGAAGAUCUUUGAGGAUAGCAGAAGUCACAGCAAGAGCCGCUCUCGCUCUCGCUCCCGCAGCUACUCCCGCUCAAAGAGUCGCUCCAGGAGCCGCAACCGCUCCAGGAGCCGCUCCAGAUCCAUCAGCCGUACUCCAGAGAAGAAGUCAUCGGGCGGGGGCAAGGCCACAGGCAGAUCUCCCUCUCGCUCCAAGUCUCGCUCUAAAUCCCGCUCCAAAUCCCGCUCCAAGUCUCGCUCCAGGUCCCGCUCCAGGUCUCGCUCCCGCUCCCCUGCUCCCGCUCAGAACAAACAGUCACGCUCUCGUUCCCGCUCUCGCUCUCGAUCCCGCUCACGCUCCCGCUCCGCCUCAGCAGACAGCAAACACUGAUUGGUAGAUCAUAGACUGAUAGUUGCUCACCGUAGACCCGAGUGGUGGCAUAUGAUUUCUUUUUUUUCUUUCUUUUUUAAAGUAAAGGGGAGGAAAUCUGCCUUUUUCAUGGCGUCUUUCAGUCAUUAAUGUGCCCGCAUUGGCUUUGAUUUUUUUUUUCUUUUAUUAUUUCAUUGUUUCUGUACAUGUCUGGAUGUGCUUCAACAUUAUUCAUGAUUCAUCCAUUUCCCUCUUUAAAUUAAAAAGAAAAGAAAAAAGCCCCGUCAUAUGUGUGAGUGACAGGAAACCUUUUCGAUCAGGUGUUCCCUCGAGUCUGUCCACGCGGUCUGCCAUGUUUCUGAUUCCAUCCACUCCUCCGUGCUUUGCCCAAGAGGUUCGGAGCAGUUCAAAGGUUAGGCGGGAAAAAACGUUGCAUAUGUGUUAAAUUUUUUGUUUUUGUUUUUUUGUGUCUGUAACGCGAGCUUCUGGCAUUGCCGUGAAACUGUGAUACUGCUUCUUCUUCUGCGGAGAGGUGCCGUAACAGGGCGCCUCCACACGUGUUGCAUUCACUGCCCUGAUAUGUGAACAGAGAAAUGCAAACGUCUUAGUUGGUGAUUUUUUUUUUUUUUUUUUUUUUUUUUCCCUCAGCUUUCUAGUGUAAUAGUAAAUGGAAUCUGGCAUUAGAUUUGAUUUGGCUUUUUUGUUUCUAUCAAACUCUGCUGUAUCGGGACCUCGUCUUGUGUUGGUGAUAUUUGUUUUUUCUUCUCGCUUUUAUUAACUUGAUCUCCAACCUUGGCCUGUAGGGUGUUGUGAGUCCAAACACUUAAGUGUCUAUUUCAGCAGGAAGAAUUGUCUUUAAAUCAGUUUAUUGAUUUGAUACCAAUAAAACACUCACUGCAAAUUGUCAUGUGGUUUUUUUAGUGAUGUCCAGAAAGACUUGUGAUUUCUGUUUUUUCUUUUUUUUUUAAAUAAUAUUUUGUGAAUGUGGGUUGAGAGACUUGCAUAAACAUAAAAUGAAGUCUUUGUGGUAUAACUGAAUAAAGCUUUCACAAACA